ACCGAUGAGAAGUCGAUAGAUAUGGUGUUGUUAGGUUUUACAGAGACAGGUUACGUAUUGUACGAUGUUUUAAGAAAUAAAUUUACCAACUCUAGUUGCGUAGAAGUCGAUGAAACGCGUAAGAUACACGAUAUCAUCAACGACCAUUUGCUUAAAACAUCGGUAACAGUCAGUGUUAGCGACGUAGAGAUCGUACCUACGAUUCAGCAAGAUGUACGUAGUUCGGUAGAGCCAGCUCCUGGGUGCUCAUCUUGGGUAAACCCAGAUGAGUUGAGCGAAACCGAACGUAGCGGUGAAAUUCACGUUGAUCGUAGUAUGAUUGAUACUUCAGCUACCGACGAUCGAUCCGACGAUUUUGCAGAUUUUGCAUUGGCUAGCGUCGAUGAUUUAUCGUACGAACAAGCUUUGAACGGUCCAGAAGCGAAGUACUGGAAGGUAGCGAUCGACGAAGAGUUAAAGGCGAUGAAAGUCAAAGACGUUUGGUAUCUGGUAUGGUGAAAAUUAUUCGAAGGUAGACAGUAAGUGGGUUUUGAAGAAAAAAAUCAACUCGAAUGGUGGGGUAAAGUAUAAAGCGCGAUUGGUUUUACGUGGUUUUAAAGAUAGUCAUUUUUAUGAGUUGGAUGAAAUAUACGCUCCAACCCCAAACCAACCGAUCAUUCGAUCGAUGCUAAAUCUCGCAGUAGUAAAUCGUUGGCAAUUACGCCAAUUGGAUGUUAGCACAGCGUUCUUGAACGGUGACAUAAAUCGUAAUGUCAUGUUCAAUCCACCCAAAGGGACUAACGAAGAGAAAGGAGUAGUAUACGUUUUGAAG